UGUGACGCAUAAUGCUAGCAUUUUUGUAAUUUGCAUUGUUUUCAAAAACUUGCGCGAACAGGUCCCGGAACGCUUGCUGACUUACCGGCGCAAUGUUUCUUACUAGUUAAUAGCAGAAAGUUGAAAUCUGAGCUGCUAAUAUAAAAUAAAUGGAAGUAUUCACCUGCCAAAAAUAAUUAAAAUAUGUCCAUAAUUGGAGAUGCUAUGCUUAAUCAAAUUUUGUCCAGUUUCAUACUGACCACCCGUUAGAUUCAUUGCAAUACGUUAACAAGUUUAAAUAAUACAAGCGUCUAAAGUUGAAAACAUGGCAAAGUCACCCCCGUUUGCGGUAUUCAAAAUUAUUUCUUCCUGGCUCUUAGUUCCCAGACUCCUAGCUCGUAUUCGCCUAUAUACCUAUUCAACCGCACAGAGAAAGACGACUUGUCAGAAAUUAUAGGUAGGUAAUUGAACUAAUCAAUGAAUCGCACGGCGUUUAACAGAAGGGUAUAUCAUCGGUGUUAAAAUCUUAUUUGGAAAAUAUUAUUCAUAUCUCCAGUACAAUGUGCGUUAACCAGUUUUCUGAGUAAUUUAGCUAGCAAGUAUCGUGCUUUGUUCAAAAACAUGUUUACAGUGAGGGUCCAACUUAGAAAAAAAAAACGAACUACAGCAUCAUUAUCCCGCGCCCCGCUGGGCUAUUCAGCCAUACGCGCCCUGCUGGGGGGGGGGGGGGGCAGAUUCUGCCCCCCCUGUCUAACUUCCGAACCGAUGGUCGUAGAAAGACGGGGAAAACGGCAAUCGAAAGCUCUCAACAAGGCGGAUCUUAAGAGCCCAAAUUUUUUUGCUUAAGUAGGUCAGAGGUCAGGUCAAGGUCAGGUCAAGGGUACAAAAUGCAAGUUUCUACAGUAUCGGCCUUGCACCGUAGUUGCCGAAGAAUGGACUGAGACUGAUUGCCCAAAACGUGUUCUUAGACUACCAAGACAAUAUUCGUUGCACACAAUGUCAUUCAAAGGUCAAGGUCAAGGUCAGGUCAGGUCAGGUCAGGUCACCAAAAACAAAAUAUAGAAAAGGGCAUGUGCGACACAUGUUUUAUGGGUCAUUUUACUCAUGGAAUUCAAUAGGCACACUCAAUAAGUGAUAUGGACCACCUCUGGAUGAAUUUCAGGUCGAGGUCAGGUCAAGGUCAGGUCAAGUGAGGUCAAAUUUUGAAGUUGGUUGUUAAGGCCUAAAAAGGUGUCUAUCCGAUGCAGUUUUUCACGGCAAAUCGAAUGGUGCUAUUUUUGUUUCCGUACGAGGUCUAGAACUUCCAAAAAAAUCAUUUUUCAAAAAUUUUGUGUGUCGUGACGUAAUAAAAUUUUGAAUAACUCCCACAUUUUUGAACCGAUUCUUCUAAAAAUUGGUAUGUAGGUGCACAUAGACCACUUCUUUGACAUAUAUUCCGGUUUUUUUGGAUAAACUCAAAAUUUUGGAUUUUAUAAAUAUUUUCCCAAAAAAGUCAGUUUUUUUGAAAAAAUUUGGCGAAAAUCCAAAAUUUUCAAAAAACCGAGAUAGCCAUUUGAUAGACAAAGUAGAAUCACGUAUAACCUUUUUUGUUACGUCUUGAUUCCUUUAAAAAUGAAGAUGUUAGCGGCGUUUGAAAUUUUGCCGUUUUUGAGGCGAAAAUGGCGAACAUGACGUCACUAAAACGUCAAUUUCUCAAAAAUAUUCCGACGGAUUUCGCUCAAAUUUUCAGGGAACGUGUCAAAUUAAUGUAUGAUAAGGUACUGAAAGUUUGACGUCGCUGGCGUAACGCGUUUAGAAGUUAUUGGCGAAAAACGGGAGGGGGGGCAGAUUCUGCCCCCCCCAGCGGGGCGCGGGUUAAGGCGCAAUUUUUCACGUGUGUUCUGACUGGGCCACGCCCGGCGCCACCUGUGCGCCAGACGCCGCGGUGCUCUGGUGCUUGUCUAGGUGGGCGCCCGAGGGAAAUGUGACAUAAUAGGAUAUGAUGUGCGAUGUCUAUUGUUUCCUCAACGUUUUUAUGGUAACAGCACUCGCCUAUGAAGAGCUGGCAACUUUGACCCGUACCAACUGCCCUAUGACCGGUGCCGCUGCAGGCUGUCGUACCAACCCCUAUGACCGGUGCCGCUGCAGGCUGUCGUACCAACCCCUAUGACCGGUGCCGCUGCAGGCUGUCGUACCAACUGCCCUAUGACCGGUGCCGCUGCAGGCUGUCGUACCAACCCCUAUGACCGGUGCCGCUGCAGGCUGUCGUACCAACCCCUAUGACCGGUGCCGCUGCAGGCUGUCGUACCAACUGCCCUAUGACCGGUGCCGCUGCAGGCUGUCGUACCAACUGCCCUAUGACCGGUGCCGCUGCAGGCUGUCGUACCAACCCCUAUGACCGGUGCCGCUGCAGGCUGUCGUACCAACCCCUAUGACCGGUGCCGCUGCAGGCUGUCGUACCAACUGCCCUAUGACCGGUGCCGCUGCAGGCUGUCGUACCAACCCCUAUGACCGGUGCCGCUGCAGGCUGUCGUACCAACCCCUAUGACCGGUGCCGCUGCAGGCUGUCGUACCAACCCCUAUGACCGGUGCCGCUGCAGGCUGUCGUACCAACCCCUAUGACCGGUGCCGCUGCAGGCUGUCGUACCAACCCCUAUGACCGGUGCCGCUGCAGGCUGUCGUACCAACUGCCCUAUGACCGGUGCCGCUGCAGGCUGUCGUACCAACCCCUAUGACCGGUGCCGCUGCAGGCUGUCGUACCAACCCCUAUGACCGGUGCCGCUGCAGGCUGUCGUACCAACCCCUAUGACCGGUGCCGCUGCAGGCUGUCGGAGACGCGCAAGGUGUACCCGGCCGACGUCGUACUCUGUGAGGGCAUCCUGGUGUUCUACCAGCCAGAAGUGCGCGCCCUGUUCGACAUGAAGCUAUUUGUCGACACAGACGCCGAUACCCGGCUGAGCCGGCGCGUGCGGCGCGACACCCGCGAGCGCGGCCGCGACCUAGACAUGGUGCUCGACCAGUACACUCGUCUGGUGAAGCCGGCAUUCGAGGAGUUCUGCCUGCCGACCAAGAAGUUUGCUGACGUCAUCAUUCCGCGUGGUGCUGACAAUACGGUUGCGAUGAGCCUGAUCGUGGAGAACAUCCGUGACCGACUGGGGUCGGUCUCGCCGGAGCGGGCCGCCGCGGCGCCGGCCGCCAGUCUGCUGUUCGCCACGCCUCACUGAGCGGCGGCGGCCGACGGCACCGCCCUACCACCGAAAACAUGUUGGUGCUAGUGACUAGGCAAAUCGACGGCAGUACCUUAGUAACUUACAAAUAGCAUACCAUGUGAGCGGGACUGUA